CAGAAACAAGUUAACAAACACUCUCUUAUUCAAACAGCAACAAGGAAAGAAAAAAGAACCUCUAAUUUCCUCUUCUCUUCUUCACAUCAUUUGUUUCAUUAAAUGGAACCAGCCAUGAAAAAGCAAACUAAAACAAUCUCUAUGUCAACAUUAAUUGGAUUUGAUCAGAUCUCAACAAAAUCUGAUAAAAUCUCAUCUGAAGAUGUGAAAAUUCUCACUUCUAAUGGACUUAGAAUCUUUGCUAACUCCAUUCUAUUGGGUUCAAGUUCUAAAGUAUUGGAGAAAAUCUUAGAUCAGCCAAGCAAACACCAGAAUUCAGUGAGAGUAAUUCCAAUUCUUGGAGUUCCAUGUGAUGCUGUAAUUGCUUUCGUUCAAUUUCUUUAUUCGUCGAGAUGCACAGAAGAAGAAAUUGAUAAUUUCGGAAUACAUUUGCUAGCUCUAUCGCAUGUUUUCGAUGUGCAAAAACUGAAACAGAGAUGUACAAAAGGAUUAUCAACAAGAUUAAUGGUGGAAAAUGUUGUUGAUAUUCUUCAACUUGCUAGGUUAUGUGAUGCACCUGAUCUUUAUUUGAAGUGUAUGAGAUUUUUAUCAAAGGAGUUUAAGGCUGUUAAGAGAACUGAAGGGUGGAAAUUCUUAAGAGCUAAUGAUGCCGUUCUCGAACUCGAAAUCUUACAAUUCCUCGACGAAAUCGAAUCCAGAAAUAAAAAGAGGAGUAGAAGCAAAGAAGAACAAGCUAUAUAUUUAGAGCUAAGUGAAGCAAUGGAAUGUCUAAAACAUAUUUGUACAGAAGGUUGUACAAACGUUGGACCGUAUGAUAGGGAGCUGCCACCAACUAAGAAAACUGGACCAUGUGAAAGAUUUUCAACUUGCCAAGGUCUACAAGGUUUAAUUAAACACUUUGCAAUGUGUACGAAGAGAAUGAAUGGUGGAUGUUGCAGGUGUAAGAGGAUGGGGCAGCUUCUAAAACUCCAUGCUUCUAUUUGUGAUCAAGAUGAUCAUUGUUGCAAAGUCCCUUUGUGUAGACAAUUCAAGUUGAAGAAUCAACUAGAAAGGAAAGCAGAUGACGGAAGAUGGAGAUUACUAGUAAAAAAAGUGGUUUGCGCAAAAACUGUAUCUUCCUUGUCUUCACCAAAAUUGAUGAUCUUGAGAAGGAAAGAAGAAGAAGACAGGCAACAAAGGUGAUGGUGGGAACAAAUUUUGUGUAAUGGAGAUUUUGUUCUUGAGAGAUUCCGGUUAGUGUUGGUAGGGAAUUAGUAGUACUAUAAUGUCCAGAAGGAAGUAGAUACGAAAUAGUAGUCGAGCUUUCUUUUUCUUUGUAGCAACCUGACGGAAUUGGCCAAAGUGUGUAAAUGGAGAGAAAAUAUGUAGUGCAAGGGAAUGACCAUGCCGGCCGAAUGGCCCGGAGUAUUUCAUGUUGUAUCAGGUUAAUUUAUUAUGUCUCUUAGUUUCAAUGC